UUAGUGUGCAUAAUUUAUCUGGUACCUAUUAUAAUGCAAAAAUUUUAUAUGAAAUUCAACUAAGUUUUUUUAGAGGAUUCCCUUUAUUUACUAAUGUAAUAAUUCUAAAGGUGGUUUUACAAAAUAAGUACUUUUUAGCAGUGCUACAGUUUCUGUAAAGCACAACUGUAGCAUACAAAGGCUUGAAAUAAAAUAUAUGACAGCGUUUUCCAUUUGCUCUGUACAAGCUCAAGCACUUUGUCUUCUUAUUAAGAGACUACAAUUAAUUCAUGUUUUGGAUUGAUUUACCCCUAGAUUGGACAGGGACUAAAACUGUAUGUUACCGAAUUCACAAACCUGACGAUUUUGAGUUUUCAUCUGGAAAAUAAAAGAAACUUUCAAUGGAAAAUUAAUUAAAUCUGUACUAUGUAGUAGGCUAAAACAUGAAGAAUGAGAUUGAUUAUGUGAGCGGACUGCAUCCUUCUCCAUCAUUCUCCAAAACGGCUCGGGAUUGGAUUUUAUCCUCAGCUCUAUAUGAUGGAAUAGAAGAUGAAGAUAUUAGACAAAUCCACACGCUUCUUUCAGAGAAGGGGGCUAAUCCGAACGUGUUGUUGCCAGAGUACGGAAUUACACCAUUCCACCUGGUGGUAGCGAACGAGAGUACCAACUUUGCAGUGCAAGCAACUGAUAUCUGUCUGCAGCAUGGAGCUGACCCUAAUGUUAGGUCGGAGGAUGGUCUGACGCCUGUACACCUGGCUGCUAUGUGGGGUUGUCCAGAAGUGCUACAAGUCCUGCUGGCAAGCGGUGGCGAUCCUUGGCUGGUAGACUGCUUCAACAAGAAUGCCUUUCACUAUGCCCAGAGUGAGGGACAACAUGAAUGCUAUAAAAUUCUCACUCGGCACUGUGACCCCAAGCGCAGGCCACCGGGCCACUCUAAGGCUCCAUACCAAUUAAAUCUCAAGCGUGUAGUCCUCUACAAAAAUGACUUACAAAUCGUAUACGAGGCUUCACCCUCUGGUACAAGAAAAUCUGCCUGUACUCAGACACCAUCUUUCUCUCGACAAUCCCAGGUUAAUCCCAUUGAGGAGGUGUUGAGCGGCUUUUCUGAAAUUAGAAAUAUUUCAGAUGAAAUAAAUCAGAGUGAGAAAUCUAAUGUGCAUGAAAGUAGAAAAAAGAAAUUCACAAGCCUGGAAAGGAAAGAUAGAGAGAAAAUUAAAGACAAUACCUCAGUGAAUGGCAAUAGCCACGAGCAUUUGAACAGUAGAUUAAAAGAAGUAAUUGUGAGACAUAGGAGAAAUUCUGCAGUUUUUGAGUAUUGCCCACCCAAAGAAAACAAGGAGAACUCUAGCAGUGGAAUAAUAUCUUGGGAUGAUUUAGGUAAAAGUGAUGUGGCAUCUUUUGCUGUUUCUGAACUAGUUGACAGACUCGAGAAGACGAACAUUUUUAGACAAUCUUUGAAACCCAUGGGUGGUCAUAAUGAUGUUUUGAGGAAUAUUACUCAACGCAAGAAGCCUUGUAUUUUGGUUAAACCAGAGGCAUCUGUAGUUACCGAACAAUCAACAUCAAGUUAUCAGUCAUGUCAAAAAAUUAAUUCAAGAAACAGUAUUGGUUUUGUUUUUGAUCAUUCAAAGAACACUGAUUGUUCAACAUUAUCUAGUUGCAAAGAAAAGCUGGAAUCUCCGCCCAGUAUUGGUUUUGUUCUGGACAAUUUAGACAGGACCUCAUCUCGAAUUCGAGGCAGCAGUCUGUUUUCUGACAUUGCCUCCGAUGUUGAGGUUUACUCUACUCCAGGGCGAGAGACGGGCAGCAGUCGUGAAGUCAUGACCGAAGACGACACCUCUGCCGAAGAGAAACCUUCAACUAAGCUCUCAUCCUCCGAUUCGCUCUACCCUUAUGUUUCCUGUGUGGAGGUAAGCACAAAGGAGAGCGAGACGAGUGAGUGCUUCGAGAGUUGUGAAGAAAUAGUGUCAAGAACGUCAGAGGGAUGUUCUUCAUUGGAACAACAGACUGAGGGAGGAUAUGAACAGUCAGGCCCGCAAGAAGUGAACUCUGUGAUUGACUCAAUUCUGAACAACAUUGACGAGGAUAAGAAGACACCUGUGAAUCCAAGACUGAUUACCAGCACUCCAGAAAGAUUAGCAUGUGGGGAUGAUCGAACUAAUUUCUCGUCUGACUCAGAAAAGCAGAGGUGGGUGGAGGCUAAAGUGUUAUCAUCUGACGAGGAGCAAUGUCUCAGUAUAUCUGAAGAGUAUGAGUAUACAGACAUGGACGAAGGUGUGGUUCUCAUCGAGAAGCGAUAUUUAAUGAAUGACAUCAGUGUUUCCACUUCUUCGAAGGGGUCAAAAAAGUCAAAUAUGCCUAGUUCAACUAGUGAAGAAUCAGAAGUAUCAACAGCAACAGGCUCUGACGCAGCAUAUGACACUGAUGACUUGAGACGAGCGCUCCGUGACCAUGGUUUCACUCCAGGACCUAUUAAUGGGAACACCAAGCGGGUAUAUUUGCGGAAACUGAAGCGUUGCAAGCGGCACCCUCCAUUGCCACCACCAGUGGGCUUCCCUGCUUACAGCCCGGAGCUGCUGAAGACACUGGAUGCUUCCUGCGAGCAUUUGCUGCUGGAGUGGGGUCAUCUGGAGGAUUCAAUGUCUGCAUCAUUUUCCUGCAGUAGGAGACCGUGGCGAGAGGGUCAGGCCAAGACCUCCUUCACCUAUCUGCUCUUAGAUCCGAGGCUUGCCCACGACCUGCCCGCAUGUGCCACCACCGUACAGCAUGUAAAGCUCUGGCCAACAUUCCUGCAGUCUAUUUUCUACGUGGGGAAAGGCAAGCGAGCCCGCCCCUACGCCCACUUAUACCAGGCUGUGGCAAGCUGGCAGAAACAGGAGGGCACCAACUCUAAAAAGAUCCAAAGAAUCCUGGAUAUUUGGCAAGCUGGACUGGGAGUUGUGUGUCUUCAUGUCUUCCAUAACAUAAUUCCUGUGGAAGCCCUGACAAGGGAAGCAGCCAUGAUCAGUGCCCUAACACUACCUCAGUUGACCAAUGAGAAGGCGGGUGAGUUCUACGGCUCCGCUGGGUGUUGGAACCUGCGACUGAAGCGGAGGCUGGGUUGCGUCCUGCUACAUCGAGCUUUCAAAGUCUUCCUUGCUGAGGGUGAACGACAACUCAGACCGGCCGAUAUCGACUAACCAAAGACAACCUAAAACUUGUUUUUCAGUUACCUUGUAUAAAGUAUUUAUAAAUGCAAGUGCAAUCAGCUUUAUAAUGUAAAAAUAAUUGUAUUUAAUUGGUUAAUUUUGGUUUACCACAAGUUAUAUGUUAGAACAGUUUUAAAGUUUUAUCCCAAAAUAUUUUAAUGUGAAAUUAUGACUAAAUGUUUUGCUCAAAUGUAAUGAAGUUCCUUUAGAAAUAUUACUUAAAUAAAAAAAAACAUAAAUGUUACAUGUUGAUUUGUUUAUCUACUCAUUCACACCAUGAGUGUUGCCUUACAGUAUAUUAUGAGUCUUUCAAACACCCUAUAUGAUGACUUACAUAUUUAAUAACAUUCAGUUCAUCUUUGUAAAUUAGAUUAGAGAGAUAAUGAUUAUUACAGAUAAGGGAAGAUUUCAGCUCUGAUUUAGAGAGUUGGUCUGGAGCCCUAAUUCAGCAUUUUGGAAUUUGUAAUUCAUUACCAGUAGAGUUCUGUUAAUUUUAUUUUAAGGAGAGGCAUGGCCAGAAUGAAAAAAGGGGCUGUCAAAAAGGGAUCAGUGUUGAAUAUUAAUUGCAACUGCCACAUCGGUCCUUAGCAAUAUUCUGAUGACAGUGAUUUCUUUUUGUCAAUGUCCAUCUCUGUAGUACUUUAAAUAAAUUCUUUGCUUGAUGAAAGUGAAAAAUGCUGACACAUUCACAAUGUUCAAUUGUAUGAAUUGGUUGCAACAAUUUGGGAAACAAAAAAAUGUAUCGUAAUGCUUAGACCAUUAUACAAGGUUAUCUUGGUAUAUAUUUAUCACUAAACUCAACACCAGAGUGUUAGUUAAAUACUACUGAUCUACAAUUUUUAAUAUGUGAUGGAUGUCCACAAAAUAACACUAGCUUAUAAAAAAAUAAUAUAAAAGAUCAUUAGAUGGAACACAGCAAUUACAAAACAUACAAUGGUAAAGUUUUUCUACUAUCAUUUCAUGCAUAAUCAUUUGCUAUGUUUGAUGGAAAACAGUUUUAUAGCUUUAACAAACUUAUUCAAGUUUGUAUCAAAUUCACAACUAACAAAAACAUUGCUCAUAAUUUCAAUUUUCAUCAUGGUAUUGAUUUUUCCACUCUGAAAAUAUUGCAGUACUAUAACGGCUCUUUGCUCGUAGCUACACUUGGUUUACAAUGAAUUUUAAAAUUGUUUACAACAUACAUACUAAGAGAUGCAUGUUGUGAAAAAAGUUGUGUUCAAUUUCAAAAGCUGUGUAAUUCUCAAAAAGAUUUUUAUGACAUCUAUUACUGCUGAACAACACACACACACACACAUGCAUGUGUAUUUUUAUUAUAAUGGUAUUUUAUUAUAAUAAUGGAACACUGCGUCAUUGUUUUAAUGAUGGAUAAAAGCCAAAAACAGUCAUUUGUUUCUGGUCAGCCCUUUUAUAUUUCUGGUAUUUGCCAAUUGUUUUGUUAUACUGUUAUCAUUAUAUACGAUUGGUCCUGCUUCUUUCACUGUUCCACUAAACAGCCAUGCACUGCAUUCUAGUGGCAAAAAAUUUACUUUGUUUACUUAACAUAUAGUUCAACAUUCUAUUAUGUUUUUAUGUAACUACUUAAAAUGCACGUUCUCAUUCUUUGCAUCUAACCCAGUUCAGUUUGUAGCUAGUAAAACAAAUUUUGUGUUAUGUGAACCAUUUAUUCAAUAAAUAAUCUGUAUUUUGUAAUUUGUAAGCAGUCAAAAUGAACAAUGAAAAUUUUACUAAGAUCUCAUUUAGAAACAAUCAUGUUUCUUUAUUUUAUACUUAUAUUUUAUUUAUUUUAAAUAAUGUGUGUGCUUUUGUUUUUAGUGUUACACAUAUUUUUAUUUAUUAAUGACUUGUUUUAUGUAUUUCUUCAAUUAAUGGUGGGCCAGUGGGCACAUAAAUAAGAAAGUGGUAGGAACAUUGGGGUUGUUAUUGUUUAAGGCUAAUCUGCCAUAUAAGUGACUACAAAAGUCAAUAUUUUGUUCAAAGUUUUAAAAUGUAUAGUUUUUGAAUGAGGACUUUGUGUAACAACUUUGUGUAAGUUUUAGAACAUUUAUUGAAUAAAACUAUUUAUUUCAAGAAAAUAAUUUUUGGUCUUUAUCGAAGUAGAACUAAAACUUUAAACUUGAUGCUGUCAGUGGAAAUGUUUUGUUAAAAUUUUUAGAUUUAAUUUAAUUUAGUGUAUUUUUCUUUUUAGGCAAAAAGAAGCUCUUAAUAUAAAAUGAGUUUUAGUAAAUUAUCGUAGUUGCAGUUUUUACAAAUGUUUUAGUAAACCACUCAAAAUAGCCUACCAGCAUGCUUCAGUAGUACUAAUGCUUUGUACCCUGGCAUUUUUCAAAGGAACUAUUGAUUUUUUCUAGCAAUAAAAAGAUUAAACUUUUAUUCUGUAUUGUAAUGUUACUAGGGAUCUGUGAAUGACUUAAAUCAUGGUCUUUCAUUUCAUAUGAUAGCUUAACUUUCUUAAUUGUGACUGGCAAUAAUAGGUCGAUUAUGUAAUACUUUACAUAAUCUUGUUGAACGCUCGUAUUUCAACAAGACGUCACUAUCUUUUUUGUGAUGAAGUACAUAUUAAAUCCUUUUAAAUAAAACCAUGGACUAAGUAAUGGAUGGUCUUUAAACAGCCAUAUAUUACUCAAUUUUUACCCCACAAAAAAAAUAAAGCACCAAAAUGUUCAGAUUAAUUUUUAUGAAAAUCGGUGCUGUUAUGAGAUAAAUGCAAGGGAAAAUUGUCAUUGACUGGACUAGUUAGGUUGCUUCUCCAUCAAUGUUUCUCUAUAAGUAGUGAUUGAUUCCAGAUACAUCAAAAUUGCUAUGAUGCUCAAUUUCAUUGUAGGUUGUUUCUCCAUCAAUUUUUAACUACAAUAUAAUAUUUCUAAAGUCAAAUAUUAUUUAAAAAGCAAGAGUCUUCACUUAAUGCAUUCAUUAUGACAAUGCAUAGUUAGUUGAUAAAACAUCAAGACUUUUUUAAAUUCAUUGUUGUGUGUGCCUUCUCUGUUUUGUGUGUAUAAUGUGUUUGUUUAAAACUUCGUCUUAUUCUAUAUCUUUUGAGAUCUAAUACAGAUUUUUCUGGUUUCUUAAUGAGGUAGUUUUGUUUUUUAAAAUAUUUAAAUAAAACUACCCCACCAACAAUCUGUCUCUUAGAACUAAUAUUGUUAAUUAUUGUUUUGUAUUGUUGGUAGUGAAUGUUUUUAGUCUCUUAUAACAGCAAGACUGCAGUAGAUUUAAUAAGAUUUAAUUACUAAGUUAAUAUUUUUAUGGUUGAAUCUUAAAAUUACCUUCAUUUGUAUUCUAUUUUUACGCCUUGUCUUCAAUGCAUUUAGUGAUGGGACAAAAUGGUCGUGCAACAUGACUAAUUGGAGCAUGGUAUUAAGUUAUGAUUUUACUCAAUGAAAUAAUUUAUUUAUUUAUUUAUUUUAUUUACAUGCAACAAUACAGGUUACACACCCAAUUACAUUAAUUAUAUUGUGAUUUUGUGAUAGAAGUUUCCACUAAUAUAUUACUGUGUACAAAAUAAUAGUUGUGUGAUUUUUGGUAGAAAUAUAUUGUUGCCUCAAAACACUAAGUGGCGCAAGUGCAGAACACAAUUUUUUAGGAAGGUAAAAAUAAAAUUAUGCCACAUUGAAAACUUUUUUCAUGAGCAACAGACAAUGUGGUUAACCUUUUCCCAGAUUGUUUUAUGUUAAGUACUUGAAAACAUAAUUUUUAAACGACGAUGGCAGUUAAACCACCUAGUGUUAGGGCAACAUAGAUUUAUGAACUAUAGAUUUCAUAUUGUUAAAUAAAGUGAAAUUAUUUAUUGU